AGUAAUUUAAAACCUUGCAGUCACCCCUUCAUUCAUUCAUCUUCUCUCAUGGUCUCCACAUUUUCUUACCCGUGAAGAAGAGGGUAGCUAAACAGCCAUCUUCUUCAAUCUCCCACAUCCUAUAUAACAAUAACAACAAAUCUUUCACCAAUCAGAUCUAAAAUUCUCAAUCUUUAUAUCUUAAUUGGAGUUUCGAUUGAUUGAAUCUUGAUCUGUGGAAGAUCCGAUGGUUUUUUGAUUGAAUCUGAGGAUACCCAUUUUGUAUUAGUUUGUGGAUGGAAGCUACCGGUUUAUACUUUGUAAGGUGCUCGAUGAAAUGUCUGUGUGAAAAUCAGCAGCGAUGGCCAGAUCCAACGCAGGAGAUGGAGUCGGAGUGGCAGCAGAAGAGCUGAAAGGACGUUGUUGUUUAUUUUCUUUGUAAAGAUCAACAUCUUGAACCUGCACACUUCAUCGAAGUCGCUCUCGCAUCAUCAGAAGGUCUUUUUUAAGAGAUUUGAAAGAACCGGUUAAGAAGGUGAAGUGGUUUACAACGUGUUUAAGUGAAUGGCAAAUUGCCAAGGCUUAAGCAGAACAGCUCUUGAAGAUGCAUUAUUAGUUUCAGAGAAAAACGUGUCUCAAUUAUCUGAAGAAAAGAGGGAACUAGAAGUUUCAAAGAUUCAGGCAGAACAAGAAAUGGAAAUCUUAAAAGAUGAAAGUGGUAGAUUGAAUAUUAAAUUGAUGGAAACCUUAAAAACCUUGAAAUUAUUGGAAGAUAAAGUUGCAGAUUCAGAGAAAACCAUCAGUUUACUAACCGAAGAGAAGAGUGAAAUAGAGGUGGCCAAGUGUCGCGUGGAAGAGGAAUUACAUAAAGCAAUGGAGGAAGUUACUUCUCAAACAAGCAAGUUUCAGGAAGCAUUGGCACUUGCAGAGAACAACAUGUUUAUGAUCAUGAGUGAAAAAGAAGAGGCCCAGAUGGAGGUAAAGAAAGUUAAAGAGGAAGUUUCUUCUCAUGCAAGUAAUCUUGAUGAAGCUAAAAAGACGAUAAAGUCUCUUGAAGAUGCAAUUUUACAGUUAAAUACAAAUGUUUCUCGGUUUUCUCAAGAAAACGAGAAGGCAGAAGACAGUAGAACUGUAUUAGUGAGUGAGAUAAAGAAGCUUAAAGAAGAAGCUGAACAGGAGAUUUCAACCCUGAAAACUGAGCUCGAUACAUGUAGGCAAGAGUUGGCAGCUAAGAAUGGUAAAAUGGCCCCACAGCUCGAGGGUUUCUUUGGCAAUCUUCAAGUGUUCUUGAAAGAUCAAUCUUUGUUGUUUUUGUUCAAGCAAAGCUUUGAGAGAAAAAUCGAAAGUUUGAGAGAAAUAGACCAUCUUCUAAAAGAUAUGAAGGAUAAUAUUGAUUCAGAACAUCUGCAAGAUCAUCGUGAUAUUGAGUUACAUAUUCAACCUUGCUACUCUACUAACAUGUCCAGCUCUCUUAAUAUGAAUACAUCGGGAAGUGGUGCUGGCUGCCAGAUGGCCCUUGUUGACCUUCGUGAAGGGAGUACCGGCCCCAUCACGGUUAUGGUUUGCCGAAAGUGGGAUGUCACAAGUGUCAAUGGACGCUACAUGAGCACCGAUUAUGUCGUCAGUGAUAAAAAGGGAGGUGUGAUGCAUUGUACCGCAAGAAAUAACAUUGCGCACUACUUCUUUGACAAACUCAAAGAGGGCGGGAUAUAUUUACUCAAGGGUUUUACGAUACAGAACACCGAUCAAUACCGGAUUCUAAAAGACAGCCCCUUUGUUAUUGGGUUAAAUGGUUCCACGAUUGUGAAGAAGGUUGACGAUGCCAGUGGUUCCUUUACGCGCUACCCGUUCUUACUUACGGCGUUUGAGGACCUCCAACCAACUGAGGGCAAGUUUUUUGUAGAUGUUGUAGGAUAUGUUACUCAGGUGGGGCCGCAGUCUGUGAAAGCAUCGGGUGCUCGCACGGUCGAGUUCAACCUAACAAAUGAACGCAAGCGCGGAGUUAGAGUGACGUUGUGGGGUUAGCUGGGUGAUGCUAUGCUCAAGAAGAAAGAACAAAACCCCGAUGUCUAUUCUAUAAUCUUGACUUCCAUGAGCGCAAAGUUUCACUUAGGCGCUCUUGGUUUGUCUAGCUCAUCGUCAACUAUGAUCAUUGAUUCGCCCGAGGUACCCGCCCUCCAAACUUUCAAGACAUCCAUUAGCUGUGUUGCCGUUGGAGAUACUAGCGAUCCAAUCACGGAGGAUGUGGUCUGUGUUGGUACGCUACAAGAGCUUGUGGACAGGGUCCGUGCCGACAAAUCCAAAAAGAAGGUAUGUAUGCCAACUGGCUGUUGCCAUUCGUCUCCACCCUUAUACCUACAUGUGAGAGUUUGAACAUGGUGUGGGUGUGGCCAUGCUGUACCUGGGUCGAACCCAUCUAAUCCGGUCAUGUACUGUAACGCCCUGCUUUUUCAUACCUUCCAUAAUUAGAAAGCUCGCUUUGUAAUGCUAUUUUUGGAAAUCUUGUAUUAUUGUAGGCGUCUUAUCAUUGUAAAA